AGACCAUUUUUUUUUUUUUUUUUUAUAAAACUCCGGUGUAGUGCAGCGCUGGGUGCACUGACUUUUCUGUCUGUUAUACGACGGCCGAUAGCGUAGCCUACUAUAGUUUCGAGAGGGAAAAAAACAAGAAGCACGAUUCUUAAAUGCGAAUGCGACGACUUGGCAGGACUUUAGUGGAUGGAGCAAGUUCAGCGUUGACCGUGGACUACCGUCGAUUUAGGCUUGCACUGCGAAAAGGUUCACUUGCUCUCCACACACCUAAGUGGAUUUACAGCUCAGGCGCAAUACGAAUGAUUUGGGCAUGGUGCCCACGCCCCAGGUGUGCGUAUCCACCCUGGUGACAGUGAGCACGAUGGCGGUGGUGGACCUCUACCUGCUGGAGCAGAGCAUGCUGGGGGCCCGCGGCCUCCCCGGGCCCAGCAGCUGGCAGUGUGCCACCGUGCUGCUGGGCGACGCCGGCUUCCUGGUGGCGCUGCGCUUCGUGUCGGCCGGGGUGGUCUCCGAGGCGCGCUCGCCGCACCGCGGCUUCGCCAACGCCCUCUGGUUCCUCUUCCUCUCCCUGCUGCAGCUUAAGCUCUUCUUCGUCUGCCACAACUACCGGCAGGAGCGCCGGCCGCCCGACCCGCUGGCGCGGAAGACGCUGACCCUGCUGCUGUCCGUCUGCCUGCCCUCGCUCUUCCUCAUCCUGACGGGUGCCGACAGCAUGACCCCGCCGCGCCGCAAGCAGGAGGUGCGCAGCCGCCUGCUGUGGGUGGUGGUGGACCUGCUGGACGUGCUGGACCUGCAGGCCGGGCUGUGGGAGGCCCACGGGGGCCCCGCGGAGCACGGCCUGCCCGUCUGGGUGGAGGGCCUGGUGUUCUUCUACUGCUACGCCCUGCUGCUGCUGCUGCCGUGCGUGGCCCUCACCGAGCUGGGCUCCACGGGCCUGCCCGGACAGCGGGGCCCCCGCAAGGAGGCGCUGUACCCGUGGCUCAGCCUGGUCACCAUCAACAUCUUCACGCUGGGCCUGAGGGGCACGGGGAUGCUGUGGUUCCGGGACUCCCGGGUGUCCACCGUGUUCCUGGGGAAGAACCUGCUGGCCCUGGCCGUGAAGCUGAGCGCCGCGUGGGAGCGGCGGGGACAGGACCGGGGGGCCGGAGGGGCGGCGGCCGGGACGGCGGCCGGGGCCGGGGCCGAGCCAAGAGGGGGGUCCUUACCCCUGCCGAGCCAGGGCAGGGUGGAGGCCGGGGAGACCCCCCAGUCGGCGUCGGCUCCGGCCUCCCGUUAUCACACACUGACACACACCCAGAACAACAGCCUGGCCAGCCUGGGACCCAGCGAGGCGCCCUCCUUCAUCUCCCAUGAGCUCUAGGGAGGCGCGCUCGACUUGAGACGCUCCCCACGCAUGCACGGAGCGCCAUGUGCUUUUAAGCAGCCGUACACAACGACCGGAGGACGCUCACGGGUGCACCCGGACGAUGAGAAAAAACUCGUCCGUGGACCUACUGCUCCGGGUGGGUCGAUGUGACCACGCAUCCAGAACUGGGGUAAUCCAUUGGACACUGAUGGUGGAGGAUAAGCAACGACGGCUGUAAACACAUUUGUCCUGUUGUAUUUUUGGGCACAUUUUGUUUUAUUAUACAUUUUGUAAAAAGUAAAAACAAAUAAACUAAAAAUACAAUAAGCAUUGAAGAAAUA